CUCACUGGCAGCGAGGGGAACUGAUCUGUGGAGUCGUUGCUCGGUCGCUUUAUCCGCAACCGGUUGAAUGAGCUAUGGCUAACCGGCCAGUUACGGUUUAAGGAAUACGGAACUGUGUGGAUUAGGGUUUGAAUGACACUUUAAAGUGCUUACAUGCUGUGCGUCGGUGGGCUCCAAAGUUAGUGUUAAUGAAGUGCAAUUCCUGUGGCUUCAUCCAGCAGCCGGUGGUGUGACAGGGCUCAUGUCUGCUGUGUCAGGGAUGACUGUGGAGCACACGGCAUGGAAAGGAACAUCGGAGACCAGCUCAAUAAAGCUUUUGAAGCUUAUCGCCAGGUCUCCAUUGAAAAGGACAAUGCUAAAAAGGAGCUGCAACAAAUGAGUGAAUUUUAUGAGCGACACACUCAAAAACUUCAAAAGCAGAUAGAGGAUCAGCAGCAGUUGAUUUCAAAACUUGAAGCUAAGUUAUCAGCAACAAGGCAACCAACAGGAGAGAUGAAAUGUGAGCCUGCCAAUCAUCUCCUUGAUGGGGCCAGUGCUUUUAAGAAAAUACAGUACCCGGAGAAUAUGGUCACUGUUGCUGUGGCUCCUAAUAAGCAAGUCAGCGUUGACUAUCAGAACAUGCUGGAUGCAUUUGAAGCAAUUGAAGGGAAAUUCCGGCAGAUUCGUUCUCUUACCAGAAGACAAAAAGAUCACCUAAAAAGAUUCCAUGGAGGAAUUGAUGUAUCAAACGAUCAGCGGUUCUCCAUGCCCAUCCAGUGCACAGACCGUACAGCAGAGGCAGAGACACCCUUUUCCUCAGCACUAAGGUCAGCAGUGGAUAUCCCACUCCCGCAUACGUCUCUGGCAUCCCGCGGUGCCAGCCCCGAGGACAGGGACUUAGUAGACUCUCUCACCAAACUCAGUGUCAAAUUCCCGCCCUCUGCGGACAGUGAAUAUGACUUCCUGAACAGUACUCCAGAGAGACACAUUGGUCUGACCAUGCCCACAAAGCUGCCUCUCAGUAGUGUCCCCUCCACAUUAACAGAAGAGGAGCCCAUUGAACCCAUGCCUUUUGCCUACCCUUCAUCCCCCUCCCACUCAACAUCAUCUCCACUCUCCCAGGAGAGCGUACGGGGACCCCAGCAGCCUCUCUGGAGCCCUGAGCUGUGUGAUGCAGUUGACGUGGGGACAGAGCUAGCGACGCCUCAGAGCAGCAGUCCCGAUAAAUGUGCUUUCUGCCAGGCUGUGGUUCCUCAGGACCGAAUGAACAGCCACCUCUACUCACAUUUCUCUACUAAGAAUGAAGCCAACAAUUGACAGUGAAAGCAGAGACUGGCCCGUGGUCACAACUACUCCAAGACUGUAUUCGUGGUCUAGUCCUGCCUGCCAUGAAGAACAUGCGCUGUAAAGGAUUUGAAAUGACACUGCAAUAAGACUUGAAUCCCUUUAUUUAAUAUUGAAGAAUUGAAUGGUACACUUUCUUGGUCAUUAUAUUUUUCUAAUAUCACGCUGAGAUUUUACUCUAGUACUAAGUGACGAUGAUGCAUAAUAUGGUAUAUAUGAGCAAAUAAAGCCGGCAUUUACUCUUUACAUUUUUUAUCACUGAAAUUGUUUUCAACAUGCAAAUGUAAACAGGUUGGGGUACUCUUAAGUGUAUCCAUACAUAAAGUCAUAAGGUGGACAAGAUGUGUAUUAAUGUUCUGCAACAUGUUUAUACAUUCCUAUUUUUAAACGUAAGGUGCAUUAAUAACAAUUUCCUAUUAGAAGAAAUAAGAUUUGCUUUGUAAAUUUGCAAUCAUUUCUGUUGAAGUAAGACACAUUUGCUUCCUUUUUAAGUUAGCAGCAAGAUUUUAUAGCUCAGACAACAACAUCACGUAUUAUAAAUGCAUGCAUCAAAUCACUCAAACGUUAACCAAUCCUUUUCAGAACGGUUGACAUGCUGAUUAGCACUAUUUCCACUAGCAUUACAUUCCCUUUGUUUUUUCAUGUUAUGUCUUCCAACCAGGAUAAUUUAAAGCAGCUGUCUGUCAUUCUUGG